GUCAAAGAUCCUACUGGACUUCAGCUGACUCUCUGACUCUCCAUAUGUGUGUGAAGUCAGCCGUCUGUCUGGCACAGAUGUGUGUUGGUGUGCUUCCAGCUGUUUGUGGGGAAUCAUGAAGUCUAGACCUAUGGUGUGGCCGGACUGGAGGACCCUCCCUUCAGCCCGCUGUGAGAUCAUCACACUUUUAAUUAGACCGGAUCUGUCAAUUAACAGGAAGUCAGCUGGUUUCUGUCAGGCUUUUUAAAGGCAGUGGAGACUAACCUCAGGCAGGAUUCUGACGGACGCUCAGCACAAGACUGAAAGAAGGAUGUCUUCCACAACAUUCUGCGCUGCUAUUCUGCUGCUUUGUGCUGUGACAUUCAGUGCUGCUCAGACAAGUUGCAAAGGCCGGUGUGGUGCAGAGUACUACCGGGGUUACAUGUGCCAGUGUGAUUACACCUGUCUGUCAUAUGGAGAGUGCUGCAAGGACUUUGCAGCUCAAUGCACAACAAGAGACUCUUGCAAAGGUCGGUGUGGAGAGAGUUUUAGAAGGGGCCGGCUGUGCAGCUGUGACUUGGACUGUGCGAAGUUCAAACAGUGUUGUUCAGACUUCCAGAACCACUGUGAUGAAACCGAGCCGCUUGUGAGUGGAGCACCAGAUCAGACUUCUACAUUCAGCGAGGGUGACAAUGCAGAUGAUGAUUUGAUUCCCCUGGUCGGCCCAACGACGUACCCUGAAGAUGACCUCAGUGAUGAUAUGUACGGCCCGACUUACCCCAAUGAUUACUUUUCUGACAAUGACGUGGAAAUGCCCGAGGCCACUCCGAUCCCUGAGAGCACGAGUGGUUACGGAUCAUCUGCAGCUGACCUCCCGGAUCAACUCUCCACUGAACCCACCCAGGACCCGGAUGUUGUGGAGAUCAGUACAGAGGCAGCGGGGAUCAGCACAGAACCCACCCAGGACCCAGACGUGUUGGAGAUCAGUACGGAGGCAGUGACUGAAGCCUCUCAGCCGCAGACAACUAUUUCUGAAAAUGAGCCCACACAGGCCAGCGACAGCCCCACGACCCUCUCCCCAAACACUGAAGCAGCGUCCACUGACAGUCCAGAUGCCAAUGAUCCCACAAGCUCAGGAGUGACUCCUCCUCAGCCUACGACACCAGCUGUCUCCAGCCAACCAGCUUUACCCACAGAGCCCCAACAAGGGGAUUCUCCUGCCCCCGACAUCCAAGAGCCCGUGAAAGAAGUGCCGCCUGAGGCUGACAUUUCUCCUGAGGCGGAAGAAACAGACCCGACUGUACUCCCCGCUGAUGAACCAGAUGUUACAACCCUAGCCCCAAACACAGCCUCCAGCCCCACUGUGGCUUCAGCAUCCACAGGACCCACACAGGACUCUGCUGCAGACUCCACCAGCCCCGCCGCAUCAAUGCUGGACCCAGCGGCAACCACUUUAGCUGGAGGACCAAACGAUGCCAACACAGCGGAGGUCACAACAGAACCUCCAUCCCCUCUACCAGACCUCGAGGACUCCCCAGUCAGCGUUUCAACUACCAGGAUACCGACUGAACCCGACGCUGCAACGACUAUUAUCCCAACAUCCACAGACGCAGUGCAGGGUGACGUGGAGGAUGCUACACCAAAGGGGACCACAGCAGAUCCACUUAAUCUCACUCCAGUCCCAACAAAACCUACAACAUCUGAGGCCACCUCAAAACCUCAGGACAAACCUGAAGUGUUGAAGCCUGUUCCAACAUCUGAGGCCACCUCAAAACCUCAGGACAAACCUGAAGUGUUGAAGCCUGUUCCAACAUCUGAGGCCACCUCAAAACCCCAGGACAAACCUGAAGUGUUGAAGCCUGUUCCAACAUCUGAGGCCACCUCAAAACCCCAGGACAAACCUGAAGUGUUGAAGCCUGUUCCAACAUCUGAGGCCACCUCAAAACCCCAGGCCAAACCUGAAGUGUUGAAGCCUGUUCCAGUGCCAGUUCAACCAGCUCUGGCUAAACCAAGCUCCAAACCAGUGACUAAACCUCUGGACACUCAAACCCUCAGUGUGGAUGAUUCUAGAGGCUACCAAGCAGAUGACAGUAAUGAUACAAAUCUGUGCAGUGGGCGGCCGGUCAGUGGAGUCACCACGCUGAGGAACGGCACAAUAGUGGUUUUCAGAGGGCACUUCUUCUGGUUUCUGGACAGGAACAGGGUGCCAGGUCCGGCCCGUGACAUCACACAAGUGUGGGGCGUCCCAUCCCCCAUCGACACCGUGUUCACCCGCUGCAACUGCCAGGGCAAGACUUACAUCUUCAAGGGGCCCCAGUACUGGAGAUAUGAAAAUGACAUUCUGGACCCAGGCUUUCCAAAGGUCGUUACAACAGGUUUUGAUGGGCUCCGGGGCCACAUCACGGCUGCUCUGUCUGUGCCUCAGUAUCAGAGUAGGAGAGAGGCGGUUUACUUCUUCAAGAGAGGUGGAACAGUCCAGAAAUAUUCAUACCAGUUUGGCACCAGUACAAGUUGUGGCAGGAAACCUCAGUACGCCAUUUACACAGUCAAAAACCGGAUAGUCCGACAAGCAGUGUCAGCUUUGGGGACCACCAUCAACAUCCGGGCAUCUUGGAGAGGUUUCCCGUCCACCGUGACGGCUGCUGUUUCCAUCCCGAGCUACAGAGAACCAGAAGGAUUCAAAUACUACGUCGUCUCAAGAUCCAAAUCCUACAAAGUGAGGAUGGAUAGCGGACGUCCUCAGCUCGCUGCUCCUGCAGCCAACACUUCACCUCAGAGCAACAGCAUCUUCAGAUGCCCCAAGAAAGUCUGACGAAAGAAAAAUGCUGUCUUGUAGAUUUAAAGUUUAUUACAUUGUUCUUAAAACACACUGCUCCAGCAUGGACUGAUUACAAAAGGUACUUUUCAAGCACAUAAAAAAACACAGGCUUUGGAGCAAAGGGAACAUUUUGGAACAUUAUCUGAAUACAGAAUGAAAACACUUUAGUUUGAAUGUGUCUAUGAUAGGAAUGACAAGUUUUCUGUCAUGGUUGUGAAGUUGUCUGAUCAGUGCUUCAUCUCUGGAAUCUUCUUCCGUGGAAACCUGGAGAAAACCGAGAAGGAAACCCUUGACCUGUUGAGACAUUAAACAUUUUUUAAUAGUGGAACGCCGGCUAUACCGGUGUAAAGAUUCUGUACAUGGCUGUAUAAAAUGUAAAAGGAUGUGAGCAUCUUCUGUAUUUGUAUUAACAAUAAAGUGGAUAUUAUUAUCUCA